GUGUGUGUAAGAGAGCGAGGGAGCUAUGGCAGAGGUGGAAGAUCGGAUUGUGAUUUCAAAGAGAAAGGGAGAUGGAGAGGAUGGCGGCCAAGAGAAAAGGCUGAGAGUGGAAACUCAAGCCGCGCUAGCCAUCGUUGAAAAGCAAAACAUUGCGCGUUCCUCCACGCUUCUUGCACCGACAAUGCUCCUCACCGGGCACCAAGCGGCGGUCUACACCUUGAAGUUCGAUCCCACGGGACUGCAACUCGCCAGUGCUGGCGCGGACAGGGCGAUCUUCUUGUGGGAUACUAGGGGAGAGUGUGCAAAUUACAACGUGCUCAGAGGGCAUAAGAAUGUGAGAAGGGUUUGGGGAGCACAUGAGUAUCCAACGCUAGACAGAGCCUGUCUUGGUUUGGGCUGUUGGGCUACUGCUGCUGCAGGUCGUCUGGCUAUGAAGACGAGGACAGCAAUUCUCGAGCUGCACUGGUCCCCGAACUCUCCCACCAUCAUCACGGCCUCAGCGGACAAGACGCUUGGAUACUGGGACGCAAAUGCUGGCAAGCGCAAGAAAACGUUCAAGGCCUUCUGACAGAUCAUUGAUCAUUUUUUCCAUAUGUAUUUUUUAAGAACGCUGAACAGACGGUCUAGUCGUAUAGGGGAGGGUAGGACAGAAACCCCGAACCACAUGCAAAGGAGUUGUAGAGCACACCAGGGUAGAGCGCGCCCACCCCACCAACAUACAGAUGCAAACACAGGGAGCAUCCACCAGGGGUGCGCCGAGAGGUCAUGAGGAGGCCUCCACGCCCCGCGUGGCCUGCCCUGUCUAUCUGGGCGGCGUUGUUGGUAGCGCUUGCGGUAGCGCUGCCGGCAGCGCCAGUUGCCAUUCCUGCUCGUACAUCGGCGUUGGCCGUCUCUCUCCGGCAGCCAUCCACACUUGCUGUGAACGCGACCACUGAGGACAGCGAGCUUGGCAUGGAGGACAGCGGAUCUGCAAUCGACCCAAUAUCGGUUUGUACGAUGCGCCCAUAUCAAACUCACAGGCAUCCUCAUCAUCACUCGGCACGCUUGGGUCGAUUGCAGAUCCGCUGUCCUCCAUGCCAAGCUCGCUGUCCUCAGUGGCCGCGUUCACAGCAAGUGUGGAUGGCUGCCGGAGAGAGACGGCCAACGCCGAUGUACGAGCAGGAAUGGCAACUGGCGCUGCCGGCAGCGCUACCGCAAGCGCUACCAACAACGCCGCCCAGAUAGACAGGGCAGACCACGCGGGGCGUGGAGGCCUCCUCAUGACCUCUCGGCGCACCCCUGGUGGAUGCUCCCUGUGUUU